GAGAAGAAGAAGAGGAGAGAGAGAGAGAGAGAGAGAAAGAGAAGCUCCCGUUUUAGUGUUAUUGAAGAGUGUCCAAAACCCUCUCUCUCUCUCUCUCUCGCCAUUGCUAUAAACUAGUAAUGGGCGCGAGUUAGGACGAGGAAGGGGGGAGGGAGAGGAAGGAGACGAGGAAGCGGAGGAGGAAAGGAACGAAGGGGGAGGUGGCGGUAGAGCUCGAGGGGGAUUUGGCGAAUCAAAGAAGCGCCGACACUUGCGAUCUCCGCUAGGGUUUCCGCAUUUGCGAUUUCGUCUCUGAAGCUGCUGGCUACCGCCGAAAUCGUGAGAUCCAAGCUCAACUGUGGUAGCAUACCUCGGAUCUUUGAAAUAGUACUCGAAUAAGUCUGAAUCCGGUAGUGUGGCGUUGCUGGGAAGAUGCUUCAAUUUGGUGUUUUUUUUGAGGUGUCGUUGAUUUGGAGGAGAUCUCUCAUCUCCCGUAGUGUUAGAUUCUUGCAGCAUUAACUAGUAUCUUAUCUAGAGGUGCUUUAAUGGUGAAAUUGUCUCGAUGAGCCUCCAAGCAUCGAGUUGGAGAAGAGACAGCAUGGGGAGUGUUGAUAGUGAGGUUGAGGCAGCGAGCCGCCGGGCAGAUUUGUUAGAAUGGUUGAACAGCUUGUUCCCGGACUUUGAUGUGCCGGUCGAUGCCUCCGAAGAGGAAUUGAGAGAACAAUUGUAUGAUGGGACUGUAUUGUGUUGUGUUUUGAACAGGUUGAUUCCUGGUGUUGUUGAGUCUGAGCUUUUGUUGCAGAGUUCUCGGGGCGCUUUUUUUUCCUCUGAUCAGCAGUUGAACAAUGUUAAGAGGUUCCUUUCAAUUAUCGCUGAAAUGGGAUUACCUGGUUUCAGUAUAAUGGAUCUGGAGCAGGGAUCUAUGUCUGCAGUGGUGGAAUGCCUUUUGAACCUCAGGGAUCACCUACAUUCUGAGCUGGGUGAAGAUGGCUUUCUUGAUGCGGGUAACAUUGGAGGCCAGUUUAGAAAGAGAUGGAGACUUCCGGAAAUAGAUAGAUCAACAGCUCUAGGUGUUGAUCAAGGAGACAGCACUCAAGAUCAGCAAAUUUCUAAUAUGUUUGCAGAAGGCAGAAGAAAGGGCCAGACAGAAUCAAAGUUGAAAAGUACUUCGCGAAGUCCUGCUGCAUCAGGAAGUAAGUUCCGUGAAGUUUUCCAAAUAAAGAGAGGUUCUUAUUCUGAUCUUCCUGCUGCUAAAAUUUCAGAAAUGAUGCAUUCAAAUAGUUUGGACAAUGCCCCUACUCGGUCGCUUCUUAGUGUUGUUAAUGGUAUUCUGGAUGAAAGCGUUGAAAGAAAGAAAGGAGAGAUACCUCAUCGUGUAGUGUACUUACUAAGAAAAGUUGUCCAAGAGAUUGAGCGGCGUAUUUCUACUCAAGCAGAGCAUAUAAGAAAUGUAAGGCAUACAAGAAAUCAAAAUAAUCUAAUAAAAACACGGGAAGAGAAGUAUCGGUCCAGAAUCAAUGCGCUUGAAACAUUGGUAGAUGGUACUAAUGAAGAAAACCAGAUAGUUAUGAACCGGCUUCUGCUAAUAAAGGCAGAAAAGUCGAAAACUGAAGAGAAAAGUCAACUUGGUGAGCAAGAAAUUGCUAGGCUCUUGAAGGACAAAGAAGAUGCGGACAUUAUGAUUUCAAAGCUUAAGGAGGAAAUGGAGAUGAAAAAUAAGAUGUAUGAACAUCGUUGUGUGCAACUUGAAACUAAGGCAAAGGAGUCCGAGGCACAGUUAACUCAGCAAGUUAAGGAGGUUGAGUCUCUUCUAUCAGAGUCAAUGAAGAAAAUAGAAGAACUUGAAGUGUUUUCAGAAGUGAAGGUGCAAAGCUGGAAAAAGAAGGAGCAAACCUUCCAGCAUUUCAUAAAUAAUCAACAAUAUUCAGUGAAGGACCUAAAAAUGUCAUCUGAAUCAAUCAAGCAAGAAGUCAUAAACUGUCAAAAAAGGUGGACAGACGAAAUAUCUAACUUCGGAGUAAGGCUGAAGGGCUUGAUUGAUGCUGCUGAAAAUUACCAUACAAUUCUUGCACAGAACCAGAAGCUAUUUAAUGAGGUUCAGGAAUUGAAAGGAAAUAUCAGAGUAUACUGUCGUAUACGGCCGUUUCUUCCUGGUCAAAAUGAAAAAUCAACAACAAUUGAUUAUAUUGGUGAGAAUGGCGAACUUCUUAUUUCAAAUCCUUAUAAACAAGGGAAAGAUGGACACCGGAUGUUCAAGUUUAACAAGGUUUUCUGCCCAGCUGCUUCUCAAGUGGAAGUUUUCUCUGAUAUUCAGCCUUUAAUACGAUCAGUUCUUGACGGUUACAAUGUAUGCAUUUUUGCAUAUGGCCAAACUGGGUCAGGGAAAACCUACACAAUGAGCGGGCCUGGCACAUCAAAAGAAGAUUGGGGAGUCAACUAUCGGGCUCUAAAUGACCUUUUUGACAUUUCUGGGAGUAGGAGAAAUACAUUCUUGUAUGAAGUAGGAGUUCAGAUGGUUGAAAUAUACAACGAACAAGUUCGUGAUCUCCUCUCAAAUGAUGUUUCACAGAAAAGACUUGGGAUAUGGAGUACUUCCCAACCUAAUGGGCUUGUUGUCCCUGACGCAAGCUUGCACCUUGUUCAAUCAACCUCAGAUGUCCUGGAUUUGAUGGAAAUUGGACAGGCAAAUAGGGCUGUGGGUUCAACAGCUCUUAACGAAAGAAGUAGCCGCUCUCACAGCAUUCUAACUGUUCAUGUUCGAGGUAUGGAUUUGAAGAAUGGAUCCACUUCCCGAGGUUGUCUCCAUCUAAUUGAUCUUGCCGGAAGUGAGAGAGUUGAACGCUCUGAAGCAACUGGAGACAGACUCAAGGAAGCACAGCAUAUUAAUAAAUCUCUAUCUGCUUUGGGAGAUGUCAUAUUUGCCCUGGCACAGAAGAGUACACAUGUUCCAUACAGAAACAGCAAACUUACUCAAGUUCUUCAAAGCUCAUUAGGUGGACAGGCCAAGACUUUAAUGUUUGUACAGAUAAAUCCUGAUGUUGAAUCGUAUUCAGAAACCAUAAGCACAUUGAAAUUUGCUGAAAGGGUAUCUGGAGUUGAGUUAGGUGCUGCAAAGAGCAACAAAGAAGGCAAGGACAUUAAAGAGCUACUGGAACAGGUAGCAUCUCUAAAAGACACAAUAGCAAAGAAAGAUGAAGAGAUCGAGCAAUUACAUCUGCUUAAAGAUUUUAAAAGUCGAACUUCAAUUGGAAACAUUGAAAGAGCCGGUGGUAACUCACUUAGGCAUUCGUCCUCCUCUCCUGGUAUUCCUUCCUUAGGUUUGAUCAGUCAACAAGGCCAGCUAUUUGCUGGUGGAACACUUGUGAAAUCCACUGGUAGAGUUUCUCUUGAUCCGGAGGGUUAUUCCGAAUUUAAUAAUCACAAACAAGCUGAGCUAAAUGGAGGGGAAAAUGGUAGAGGUGUACCAGCUGAUGCUGAGCUUGUCGGCUUGGAUGAAGCUGAUUAUGAAGACAGGUUAAGUGAUGUAUCUGAUGGUGGAUUUUCAGUCGGAGAAACUGAUGGUUCAUUAGGCAGUGCUUUGGAGUUUGUUUCAUACCUUCAUUCUGGCAAACCAGCUGAAGUCUCAACAGAAAAAGCUUGCAAAGCUCUGCCAAAGAUAACCAGAUCGCUUCCAACAAAGAGUGUGCAACCGACAAGUUCCCGGCCGAAAUUGAAAGAUCCUUUGAAGUCCUCAAGCCACGCGAAGUCUUUGAGCGGCCAAAUAACAGCUUCUGCAGCCAAGCCCCCUAGAAGAUGGCAGUAAGACAAGUGCUUCUGCUAAAAGCACGCUUUCAUACUACCUGAUAUUGAAAAAAAAAGCACUUCCUUGUGCUGUAUCGGAGACCUGUGUCUCCAUUAAUUUCAAAAUGAUAGAAGAACUCUGGAAGAGUGUAAUAUACUAAGUUAACAGGAUCACAAGAAAUACUCUCUCUUGGUUCAUGGGAUUA